AGCAGGAACCGUGCCUGUAAUGAUAACGAGAAAUUUUUAGUAGUAGGACUUGACAGAGUUGACCCGGGGAAGUAUUGCCAACUAGUUUUUAGUUGAUAUAUUUGAGUCUGUAUAAUGUAUACGAUUAUCGGGGAAAUUUAAGAAGCUUAACAUAGCAUUGAAAGACGUGUUCCUAGUCCUAGUAAUGGAUUGCUCCAAUAUGCCUAUAGGCAAAGGUAUAUAUAUAUUAGGAAACAUUUGCUUCUUCACUACUAAAUAAGGUCACUUGUUUAGUAGUGUCCUCUCUGUCCCUAUAUCCCUAUGUAUGCUUAAAUUUUUAAAAAUACGCAACGGAUUUUGAUGCGGUUUUUUAAUACAUAGAUUAAUUCAAGAGAAAGGUUUAUAUGUAUAAUAACAUCCAUUAUAUAGUAAAGAAAUAUUGCUAUUUUUGAGGUUUCUAAUUUGAUGUAAAUAAUUACAUUUUUUCGCUUACAUUGCAAACGCAGGCUGAACCCUACGUAAUCAAAAAAUAUCAAAAUAAUGUACUAAGUAUUGUACACAUUGAAAAGGUCUACAGAAAACUCCGGGAUGGUAUAUGUCUAUCUCUUAUGGAUAUCCCACAAUAUUUUUUUUUGUCAUUUACUUUUUACGACAAAUAAUGGCUAAUUUUUGAAGCAAUUUUAACUAUACAUAUAACUAUAUAUGAUAUAAGUAGAUGACUGCUAAAACACUAUAAACUUUUUAGUUCUAUUGAUUCCAACACAAUCACACUUCGACUACAAUAAAAGAAUCAUGCGAGCAGCGAUCAGGUGGCGCGGCGACAACACGUCAGAAUGUUGUGCCGAGCUCUGGUCGCUGUCAUCGCCGUUACAUGUACGUUAUCACACGGUCGGGCCACACUACGCUUAGACCGGAUAAAAGACUUAGUGUGCGUUUUGGUGUUGAGCGGAAUGCAAAAAGAAGACUUGGACGUGAGCAUGUUGACAAAACUACAACGCUACAACGUAAACAUCGACGAUAUGAACAAUGAUGAAUUACGUGAAAUGUGCAUUAAAUCACAGGAUGAUAAACAUAAGAAUAACGAUACGCACAUAACAGAAUCAUACGUUAAUAAAACCAAAAAUGCCAUUCUGGAAGACUUUAAAUCAAAUACCUCUAUCGAAAUUGUAGAAAAGCCUGUUCCUGCAGAAUAUGAUAUGUAUAAAGCUAGCAAAGAAAACAAAAUUAACAAGGUUAAGGAAAAUGAUGAAGAAAUACAAUAUAAUGACAAACAGAAACAAUUAGAAAGUAUUUUUAAUCUUUUGGAAGACACUCAAAUAAACAAAGCAAUGAAAGACCCACUACUAAAACCAGAUUUUAUAAAAGAACAAGAAAUUAAGAGAAGCAUCACGGACACCACUUUUGAAACUAAUGACACUCUAAAACGACUAUUUGAAAAUUAUGUUGCUAAAAGAAGAAAUUUGAGUGCUCAAUCAAAAACUACACCGAAAUCUUUGAAUAUUGACGAUAUGUUUGAAAAAUUAUAUUUGUUGCGAAUACGAGAUACAGAAAAUGAUACAAAUAUUAAUUCUGACUUCCAACAUAAAGCCUCAUAUCCGCCGAUCCAUCAAAAUACUUAUACACAAGCAAUUCCAGAAGAAUUAGGGGAAAAGAGAGAGAAAACAAACAUACUCAAUGAGACAAACAUCAACGAUGAACUUACUUUAAUUAAUAAACUAAACAGAUUUAAACCAUAUACUGCAGGCGCUGAACUGUUUCAAAAUCACAACCAUAAUACUGAAGAAAGUUUAAAAAGGACUAGAAAUCCUUAUCAAAACAGUUUAAGAAGAACUGACACUAGGAGUGCAUAUAGUAUAGAGCCAAAACAGAUGAUUUCUAGCGACAUAAUAAAAGAGAUAGCCGACAAUGUAAAGGAGAUGGUUUUACAGGAUUUGCGUAAAGAAUUGCAUAAAAUAACAACAGUAACCACUACUACAACUAUUGUGUCUACAACAACAACUCAAAGCACUACAAAAAAAGAAUCUGCAAUCCAAACAACGCUAAAAGAAGAAAACAUAAAGACUCCAGAUUCUUUAAUGAAAAAAUUUCUAGAAUUGUUUGAAGAAAUUAAAUCUUUGAAACAGAGUGGCAUAGUAUUUAAAAGUGACAGCGAAAAAAGCAUUAAUGACAAAGAUAAAUCAUUAUUACCAUUUCAAAUGCAAAAAGUUGAAACAAAAGAUUUAGAAAUACAUAGUCAGACAACAAAGCCAAUAAACAUCAUACAAACAAAACUUAAUUUUAAUACAAACCAAGUAAAUAGAAUAAUAAAACAUAACCCAACAGUGAAUUCAGAUAACCUUUACAAUUUUGCUUCACAACAACAAAGGUAUAGAUCGAAUGGAACGAUAACAAAACAAAUAACAAUUACUGAAGCACCAGUUUUUGUAAAACAUGAACCGAAAACUGGUUUACUUCCACUAACUGUACAAACUAAUAACAUAGAGAUAUUACCUAUAGGUAUACCUAUCGAUAAACCACAGAAUUUAAUACGACAGAACAUUGUUAUAGGCACACAAGCGCCAUACAGAAUACUUCCAAUUAAAAAUGACAAUCAGGUAAGAGGUCAUCCACAUAAUAUAAAAGCGACUAAAUCUUUUGAAGCAUACAAAUCAAAGAAACAUCCUUAUUUGUCUAAAGAACCACAUAGACCUAGUAAUUUUCAUGAUAAUGAUAAAGACGAUGUUAUAAAGUUCACAUUAAGCAAUAACGGCCAUUCUAAAUACAGCUCCGGUUAUUAUGAAAAGAUUAAUAUAGGAAAAUUUUCAAAGCCUUUCAGCGAUGAAAUCAUAUCAGACACACCACGAUACCAUGAGAAAUUAGAAAAAAUGGAGCCCUAUUUAGACUAUCCAGAAGAAAACAAAUACGCAGAAAUAAAUGAUUGUUGCAACGAAAAAUACACAUUUUCAAAAGAAAUGGCCGAUUGUUGCAACGGAAAAAUAGUUUCACGACAACAAAUGUCUCUUAACAACAUAAAGAAGAAAUCGUAUGACGACACACAUUUCAAAAAGUUCAUUCAGUCUCAACAGAAGGUGACAGAUAUGCUAGAGAAGAUUCUAGGAGACAAGGAAAAUAUUCAGAGCGUGGAAACCGCUUAAAUUACUUUCGGAAUACAAUACAGUUUGAAUUCGAUAAUCUAUGGAGUUUCAUAAUGAGUAAUGUUUGGUAAUUAAAUUCAUAAAUUUCAUUUAUUUCAUUAAAGUUGGUCUGAUAAAUGAAAACAACGUUUUUAAUUUUGAAAGAGCAAAUUUCUUCUUUAAAAAACAUUACGUUGUGACGUCUAUAUGACGUUGCAGGAUAGUUUGUAAUUACUAAGAAGAAAGCUACAUUUUCGACAAAUACCUAACAUAAACAAUAUUUUAUUCCCAUAUCCCCACCGGAAUGGCAACUACACGGGUUAGACCGAAGGGGUACACUAAUCUAUAUUAAUUAAUAUUACAAACAGGUAAAGUUUGAGAGGUUGUAGGGGGCGCAAUCUUUGGAUUGAUAGAACCGAUUUUGAAAAUUGCUUUACCAAUAGAACAACCGUUAUUUGUGACUAUAGUAAGCGUUAGAUCUCCUUUAAUCCAACAGGAACGGAAACUACAUGGAUCACCCAUGUAAAACGGAAACUACAUGGUUCACCUAUGUAGUUUCCUUUCCGUAGUCCGUAGACCGCAGGUCGUCCGCUAGGGAGUAGCAC